UUUAAAAGAAUUCUUUCUGGCCCACAGUAGAGGAAUCAAUUCUAGGAACUAGAAUGUGCUAAACAUUGACAAAGAUGUAUAAAAAUUUUUCGUUUAGGUCCUGGUAGUAGCGGCAGUCAAAAAUGACGACAUCAAGAGGGCUGCACUCAGUGCUCACAACUAUUACAGGAAAAUUCUAGCAAAUGGAACAGUUUCCACAAGUAUUGGUCAAUUGCCGAAAGCCGAUUACAUGAUAAAAUUGGUAAGGAGCAGGGUUUGUGAAGGUGAGGAAGCUGUAACUAAGAAAAGGACUAGUCUUAAAAGUGAACAGCGAUAUGGUAUGCACAUAUUUGACAGAUUGCGUUUGCAUACAACGAGAAGGCCGACGGUAGAGACUAUGCCCCUUUAUGUGAAGGGUGAAGUAUGCGAGUUGUGCACGGAAACUGGAGAACGUUGUGAGGCAUCACUUUGUGUAGUUGAAGAUGAAGAAGAAGAAGAAGACUAG